AUGUUGGUGGCGCUCGAGGCCGGCAGCUUCCUGCGCGGUCUGCUGCUGCUCCUGCUGUGCCCGCUCAUCCGCCUGCUCAUGCCCCGCGGAGCGGCCGUCAGGGCCAUGGCGGCGGUGUCGUUCUGCGGCCUGCGCGCGGGGCGGUUCCGCGCCGGCCGCGACGUGCUGUCCAAGUGGCUCAUGGAGGACGUGGCGGCGGAAGCGUUCGAGGCCGUGCGCGCGGCGGGGAUCAGGGCGGUCUGCGUGACUGCCUUGCCCAGGGUCAUGGUCGACGGGUUCCUCCGGGAGUACCUCGGGGUGGAGGCGGUGGUUGCCAGGGAGAUGAAGGUCGUGUGGGGGUUCUACACCGGACUCAUGGAGGAGCUGCCGGAGGGUGGUGGAGAGAUGGUGAUGAAGGCGGUGGUGGCGGCGCCGGCGCCGGCGGCUGAGGAGGAGAGUGACAAGGCGGUCGUGGGGUUCUCUGGGUCAAUGGAGUUUCUUAAUCAUCCACUGGCACGUUGCUGCAAGGAGAUCUUCAUCGUGAGCUCCGACGAGAAGAGCAGGUGGCGGGCGCUGGCGCGGGACAAGUACCCGAAGCCGAUAGUGUUCCACGACGGUCGCCUGGCUUUCCGACCAACAGCCACCGACACGGCCGCCAUGUUCGCGUGGCUGCCGCUGGGCGUUGCCCUGGGCGCCGCGCGUCUCGCGGUGGCGCUGACCGUGCCGUACAGGUACUCGACGCCGAUCCUGGUGGCGACGGCCGACGGGCAUGUCGUGGCGGCUUAA